AUGGAAGAUUUCAACACGCGUGAAUUGAUCAGGCAGCUGCAGGUACAAAUUGAGACACAAACGCAAACUAUAAAGGAGCAGCAAGAAGUCCAACGCAAACAGGCGGAAGAGAUGGCGGCGUUAAGGGCACAGCUCCCGCCACCAGAAUUGUCUGCCUCAAACAGACAGGAGGAGAACGAGGUCAGUCAUCAUGGUGAGGCUUCUCACCCCGCUGGCGGGGGUCGAAAUGGGCCUACUCCCAUCCGCCUCACCAACCUCCUUCCGUUCACAGAGGCCAUUGUGCAAGCAAACAUGCCGGACAAACCUCCCCCAACCUUAGAACGUUACAAUGGUUCCGAUGACCCCGACAACCAUCUACGCAAUUUUAUAGAUGCCAUGGCAUUCUAUACUGACAACGACCCGGUAAUAUGCAGAGCUUUUUCUUUAUCUCUUAAGGGUGAAGCUCUGGAGUGGUUCCAUAACCUUCCACGGAAUUCAGUAGAUUGUUUCGCCACGAUCGAAUCCUUAUUCCGCAAGCAGUAUGCGGCCAACAGAAAACCUGCGGUGACCGCUGCGGAGCUUGUCCAUACCAAGCAGGAGAAGGAUGAGACCCUGAAAGCUUUUAUGCAACGGUAUAUCGAGACGGCCCGGCGCGUCAAGGAUAUCACUCCCGCUUUCAUCAUCAGCAACUUAUCGUCCUGCUUAAGGCCGGGGCAGUUUGCGGAACAGUUGUAUGCUGAUCCUCCCGCCUCCAUGGAAGAAUUGCAAUCCACUAUUGCAAAAUUCAUCCGCAUCGAAGACCACCGUAACUCCCGAAAGAAACAACACCAGGAUAUCUCCAGCCAGGAGACAAGGAAACCAGUUAAGCGAUCCACUAACGACUACAAACCGGACCGACCACCUCGGAAGGAGACAGGAUGGAUAUCUAAGUACGAUCGUUACACGACUCUCAAUGCACCACGGGCGAGGGUGCUUGAAGAGGCCUUGCACGUCGAACUCUUGACCGUGCGACGAAAGGCCACCCCGAAAAACGCAGACAGUAACAAAACCUGCCUGUUCCAUAUGAACCAGGGACACGACACAGAAGAGUGCAACAUGGUGAAAGAUAAACUAGAGAGACUCAUCAGGGCAGGUUAUCUUCAGAAUUACAUUAAGGAUAAAGUCUCCACUAGAGCUGCCACCCCUCGCCGAGGAGAUCCUUCUAGGCGAAGCCCCCAACGAUCACAUCCUAGAGAUGAUCGACCCCGAAGACGAUCGCGUAGUCCGCCUCGCCGGACAGAGAGGGAGCGCUCGUCGGUUCACAUGGUCGAACGCAAAUGCAGAUCGAUUCCUGACAUCACCUUUACAAACGCCGAUUUCCAUGCACCCGACCCUGAUCAUGAUGACCCUAUGGUCAUCACAGCUAGUAUCGCUCGGUAUGAUGUCGGCAAGGUCCUAGUCGACCAAGGGAGUUCGGUCAACAUUUUGUACUGGUCUACCUUUCAGAAAAUGGACCUAUCUGAGGAUCUCAUCGCCCCGUUUAACGAACAAAUCGUAGGAUUCUCAGGAGAAAGAGUGGAUACCAGAGGAUACCUAGACCUGCGAACUCGGCUCGGAACAAGUCGGGAAGCACCUGAACUUCGAAUUCGAUUCCUGCUGGUCGAGGCAAAUACAUCUUAUAACGCCCUACUAGGACGACCUUGCCUGAAUGCGUUCGGGGCAAUUGGCAGAUCACGAACAGCCCGACAGUGUUAUGUGGCGGGGCUAAAAGUAACCCCUUUCGUUCCAACUAGAAGGACAACGGGAGCCGAGGCAGCAGCAGUCGACUUAGACCCCCGAACCAAUAUAGACGAGCGUCUUCUUCCGCAAGGCGAAGUCAAACUCCUCUCCUUGACAAGUGACGCAUCUAAAACUACUACCAUUGGCGGGGACCUCACCUCAAGCGAUGAACGCGAUCUAGAGCGUAUACUACGGAACCAUGCCGAUUUAUUUGCAUGGACGACCGCCGACAUGCCGGGAAUUCACCCCGGGGUCAUGGCCCACAGAUUAUCCAUCUUCCGGGAGGCACGGCGUGUCGCCCAGAAAAAGCGACGGUUCGGGGAGGAGAAGCGCAAAGCCAUUCAAGCGGAGGUCGAGAAGUUGAUGAACGCCUAG